UCUACCGUUGUGUAGAUUCAACCUUCAGAUACAAUUCCCAAUUUGUGACUUAGGAAAAUAUGCACUAGUUUUCAUACCAAGUCGCGCAGAAAAAAGCAACUCAAAAUCCAAUAUUUUUGGGUUAUGGGGCAAAAUCAGACUAUAAAGCUUCACACAAAAAUUAAGAACGAAUACCAUGGGGUAAAAAUAUCCAGAUAGGUUCAACCUUUCGUGAAACUCACGUCUCAGUCUCUAGAUACUAACUGACGUCUGUCUGUCACAUGAAAGGGCGAUUACAAAGUCAAUCCAUGGAUCUAAAUAAUUGCAGGUUUAUUAGAUACUUCAGCUGUGGUAGACCACUGUCCGGUCUAGCCUCGAUCUCACCUUAUAAUUUCUUGAGAUUCGUGAGGGGGCUUGAUCUCCUAAGUCCCCACCCCCUGUAUACGCGCCUGGCUAACCGUAAUAUCGUUCCGGAAUGCUGUUUCUUAAGUUCUUCUAAAGUGAAGAAAUGAAUAAUGAAAAGAAAUCGGGACAAAACGGUCUAGUUGUGUAAUUUAUUCCCGUUUCCGGAAAUACAUAUUGGUCACAAAAAUCCAGAAGGGUUUCUCAAAAUUGGCGGAACAGAUGUUCUUAAACUUCACAUUCAAAUAAAAAGGCCUUAUAGCCCCAUAAAUAACUGUGUUUAUCUCGGCCCGGUAGUUAGGUUACUAAUGCUAAAAAUGACAACCUUCAUUCAAAAUAUGAUGCAAAAAACAACAACGAAAAAACAAGUUCCAAUACAUAGGUCUUGUUAGUUUAUGGUCAUAGCAACCUACAUCGGCUAUAACCGUGAUGGCCAACAUUCAAAAAUGGAGCAUGUAUCAGUUUGUAUUAAUGAUAAUGAUAAUGUGGAAGCGAACAGUCGAUAAGGUGGUUGCAAUGUGCCCCCUAUUCUAAAUGCAUAGCGAAUUACACUCAAUUUACACAUGUUUUUACACUAUUUCAUUUCAGUGGACUGUAUUGUAGACUAUAUUGUUUGUUGCUUUCCUUAAAACACUUGCUAGUAAAAAUUAAUGCCAAUACGUAAUUGCUCUAAAUGUGACAAAAAUUUUGUAAUUGUGCGAGCUUUGUAGGAAGUGAUGUUGAGUUAUUUUUUUUUAAGUUCUCGUAAAAAAAAUAUUAUCAAUAAAGGGUUAUUUUAUCAUACGUUUAUGUAGGUAGUUUCAUCUCUGGGUGUAAACAGGAUUCAUAGGUAUAUAAAUUGAAUGCAUAGUUGUGUCUAUUUACUAUAUACGUACGUGAUACAUAUACAAGCGUAUAGGUAAUAACAACCUAAGCGCAUCGCCCGACUCCACUCAUAUCAAUUCGAUCACUCAGAUAGUUCGCACAUGUUUUGGAAAUUAAGCUGAUCAGUUCAUUUGCCGGUGUCAGAUUCAGUGCAAUUAGUUCAACUUAUGUUUUGAUUGAUAAGUGUGAACCAAGUGGACAUCAUUUUCUGUACUAAGCCUUUAUCAGUUAGAUUUGAACUGUAUUCUGUUGAGUGCCAUAGUUUUCAAACUUUGCCGGUAGGCAGGGAAAAUAAGUGAAACAUGAAUCCUAUGUUGAAGAAUGUUCUGGUUAUUGGAGGUGGAGGCCGCGAACAUGCCUUAUGUUGGAAGUUAACACAAAGUGCAAAAGUAGCAAAUGUCUUUGCACUUCCAGGUAGUCCCGGAAUUGAACAGUUGGAGAAAGUAACACUGGUCAGCGAUAUCAACGUGAAAGAUUUCGAUGCCAUAGUAUCUUGGUGUAAAAACAACUCAAUACAUUUAGUAGUAGUGGGACCUGAAGAUCCUCUCGCUGAAGGUCUCGGGGAUAUUCUGCGACAAGGAGGGAUUAAAUGUUUUGGUCCUGGUAAAAAAGGUGCUCAAAUUGAGGCGGAUAAAAAUUGGUCCAAAGACUUCAUGCAUCGCCAUGGAAUCCCGACUGCUCGCUAUUCGUCCUUUUCCAAUGCAGAUAAGGCAAAGGCAUUUAUUCGAAGUGCAUCGUAUGAAGCCUUGGUCGUAAAAGCCAGUGGUCUAGCUGCCGGAAAGGGUGUAAUCGUGGCCAACGACAAGGACCAGGCAUGUUCUGCAGUAGAGGAAAUCCUGGGCGAUCGUAAGUUCGGUUCUGCUGGUGACGUUGUAGUAGUCGAGGAGAAACUUUCUGGUGAAGAAAUUUCCGUACUGGCAUUCGUAGAUUCGAAUACCGUGCGUGUGAUGCUGCCUGCCCAGGAUCAUAAGCGACUGCGGAAUGAGGACCUUGGCCCUAACACCGGUGGAAUGGGUGCAUACUGCCCCUGUCCGAUUAUUAAAGCACAUGAACUGGAAAUUGUUACACGCGAAGUUUUGCAACGAGCUGUAGAUGGAUUGCGCAAGGAAGGCAUCAAGUAUAAUGGAGUGCUGUAUGCCGGAAUGAUGCUUACUCCUAAUGGACCAAAAACAUUGGAAUUCAACUGUCGUUUCGGUGACCCGGAAACUCAGGUCAUUUUACCUUUGCUGGAAAGCGACCUCUUUGAAGUUAUGGAGGCAACGUGUGACGAUCGUUUGGAUGGGAUCAAAUUGAAAUUUCGCGAAGUAGUCAGUGCUGUCGGAGUUGUAAUGGCCAGCAAAGGUUAUCCGGAAACUUCUACUAAAGGAUGUGUUAUAAAGGGUCUCGACACAAUUGCCAAACGUCCGGACCACAUGGUUUUCCACAGUGGAAUAGGCAGAAACACCGAAGGCGAAUUCGUUACUAAUGGAGGUCGUGUGCUGAUCAACGUUGUCUUGCAUUCCAAUCUACAAACGGCAGCUGCUUUGGCGACAGCAGCCUGUUCCGAUGUACAAUUUGCUGGAUCGCAGCAUCGAACCGACAUCGCCCAGAAGGCAUUAAAACACGUGAGUCUAUCCUACAAAGCUAGCGGAGUAGAUAUAGAUGCUGGAGAUGCACUGGUGCAGCGAAUUAAACCACUUGCCAGAGGUACCAAACGGACAGGAGUUUUGGGAGGUCUUGGUGGAUUCGGAGGACUUUUUCGUUUGAAUGAGGUAACCUACGAAAAUCAUUUAGGAAAGCGUGUUCGCUAUCAGGAUCCGGUACUAGUACAGGGAACGGAUGGUGUCGGGACUAAGCUGAAAAUUGCCGAAGCAAUGAACUGUUGGGACACAAUUGGGAUCGAUCUGGUAGCGAUGUGUGUGAACGACGUAUUGUGCGAAGGAGCAGAACCGUUGGCAUUCUUGGAUUACAUUGCUUGUGGUAAAUUAGACGUUCCAACGGCUGCGCUGAUAGUCAAGGGGAUCUCAGAAGGUUGUCGAGAGUCGAAAUGUGCCUUGUUAGGUGGAGAAACGGCUGAAAUGCCCACGAUGUAUGAAGCAGGCAAGUACGAUUUGGCUGGUUAUUGUGUAGGAGUCGCAGAACAUCAUGCACUACUAUCUAGAAUUCCGGACAUACGGGAAGGUGAUCUUGUUAUUGGAAUACCAUCUAGUGGAGUUCAUAGCAAUGGUUUUAGUCUGGUGAAUAAAAUUUUAGAAUCAAAUGGGCUUAAGCUCACCGAUGUAGCUCCAUUUAGCGAGAACGGAUAUACGUUUGGGCGAGAGUUCUUGACCCCUACACGACUGUAUGUAGAUUCUGUGCUUCCCUUGCUACGGAAGGGCAAUGUAAAAGCACUAGCGCAUAUAACGGGAGGAGGAUUAACAGAAAAUAUUCCCAGAGUUCUUCCCAGUGGUCUUGGGGUCGAAUUGGAUUCGAACAAUUUUGAAAUUUUGCCUGUGUUCGGUUGGUUAGCGGCAAACGGAAAUGUUCCUAGUUCAGAAAUGUUAAGGACAUUCAAUUGCGGCAUUGGAAUGGUAUUAUUGGUACCUGCCGAUGAUGAUAAAUGGAAAUCAUUGGAACCAUUUGGAGGUACUAAAAUUGGCCAUGUCGUGCGUCGUGAAACAUCAACCUCCCCGCAAGUAAAAGUAGAAAACUUCAGUGAAGCUAUUGCCAAAGCAUCCGAGCCGUAUCGAGCGAACGACCAGAAGGGCUCUAUUUCGUACAAAGACAGUGGAGUAGACAUUGUUGCCGGAGAAGAUUUGGUAAUGAAAAUUAAAUCAAUGGCUAAGGCAACCGUUAGAAAUGGUUGCCUCAAAGGGUUAGGCAGUUUCGGUGGUCUAUUUCGCUUGAAGGACGUCAGUAGUUUCAAAGAUCCAGUACUAGUCAUGGGUACUGAUGGUGUCGGAACGAAGUUGAGAAUAGCCCAGAAAAUCAACAAUCAUGGAACAAUUGGUAUUGAUCUUGUGGCAAUGUGUGUCAAUGAUAUCCUUUGUAAUGGAGCUGAUCCGUUAAGUUUCUUAGAUUAUUAUGCGUGCGGUAAACUAAACAUUCCAGUUGCAGCGGAAGUGAUUUCCGGUAUUUCUAAAGGGUGCUUGCAGAGCAACAGUGCUUUGUUGGGUGGUGAAACAGCUGAAAUGCCAGGAAUGUAUGAAGAAGGAAGUUACGAUUUAGCUGGAUUUACGCUUGGUGUUGUAGAAUACGAUCAGAUGCUGCCUAAUACGAGUGCCAUAAUGGAAGACGACCUAGUAAUCGGCAUUCCAUCAUCCGGUGUACAUAGUAAUGGCUAUAGUUUAGUCCACAAAAUCUUGGACUAUGCCGCGGUCACAUACAAUGACAUAGCACCUUUCAGUGCCACAGGAAAAUCGUUUGGAGAGGAACUGCUUACCCCAACCAGAAUUUAUGUUAAAGAAAUUCUGCCAUUGUUCAAGCAUAACGUGAUAAAAGCCUUGGCUCAUAUAACUGGUGGUGGUCUUUCCGAGAACAUUCCAAGAAUUCUUCCUCAAGGUAUUGGAGUAAAACUCGAUUCAAGGAACUUUCAUAUACCGCCAAUUUUCGGCUGGCUAUCUAAAACUGGAAACGUAUCGGAACGGGAGAUGCUAAGGACAUUUAAUUGCGGUGUGGGUAUGACUCUAAUUGUUGCGCCGAAACAUGUUCAAUUUGUACUGGAAAACCUACAAGGUUCAGGAGCGACAUUGAUUGGUAAAGUGAUUACAUGCACUUCCACUGAAGAAAGAGUUAAAGUUGCUAAUUUUGCCGCGUCAUUGAGGACAUCGCAGAUAACCUGCUGUUUGUCGAAGAAACGCAUUGCCGUACUGAUUUCAGGGUCCGGAAGUAACCUUCAAGCAUUGAUCGAAGCUACCAGAAAUUCCGCGUUCGGAAUUCGAGGCGAAAUCGUGUAUGUUAUUUCAAACAAGAGUGGAGUUUUUGGUUUGGAACGAGCUGAGAAGGCAGGUAUUAAAUCAAAGGUGAUACUUCAUAGAAACUUUCCCACCAGAGAACAAUUUGACGAUGCCAUGUCCGAAGAGCUCGCAAAGCAGAAUAUCGAUCUGGUUUGCCUAGCCGGCUUUAUGAGAAUUCUGUCGGAAGCGUUCGUUAGAAAAUGGAAAGGUCGUUUGAUAAAUAUUCACCCUGCGCUGCUACCAAAGCACAAAGGAAUUCACGCACAACGGCAGGCAUUGGAGGCAGGAGAUUCAGAGUCUGGUUGCACGGUGCAUUUCGUGGACGAAGGUGUCGACACAGGUGCUAUCAUUCUGCAAGAAAUAGUACCCAUACUGAAGAACGACACGGAGGCGACACUGACGGAGAGAAUUCACCGUGCUGAGCAUGUGGCAUUUCCAAAAGCUUUGCGAUUGAUUGCUAAUGGCUUGGUCAGUCUUGGGCAGGACAGUAAAACGGUGUGGCAUUGAGUGAAUUUCGACGGUUAUCGAAUGUAUGUAAUAAAGAUUUUGUAGAAUAA